UCUAUACUUGGUCAUGCCAGUGAGUCAUAGCUGUGCUAUAAGAGAGUGCAUACAGUACAGCUUGUCACUGCUAAAAUAUUCACCAGAGCAAUAGUCCACGUUCCUGGAAGACAGAAUGGCAGCGGAGUUGAACUUGGAGACCAUCCGAGAAAGUUUUGAUCAGUUUGAUGCUGACAAGAAUGGACACAUCACAGCGUCUGAGAUCGGAGCAGUCCUCAAAGCUUUGGGAGAGGAUAUCCCCGGCUACAAGGUCCGGGACAUGAUCAAAGAAGUGGAUAUUGACGAGAAUGGGACGGUCGAAUUCGCUGAGUUCAUAGAGAUGUACAAGAAAGUGAAGGCGGGUAAGACCAAGUUUGCGCUUCACAAGACAACUGAAGAGGCAAAGAAGCUGGUCACUGUCGGAGGUCUUUCUGAAGCUUCAGCUGAAGGCACCCAGCACUCGUUCUCUGAAGAGGAGAGCAUUGCGUUUGUGGACUGGAUCAACUACCAGCUGGAGCAGGACCCUGACGUCGCAUCACACCUCCCAGUGGCCGAGGAGGGAGAAGCUCUCUUUGCCGCUGUCCAUGACGGAAUCAUACUAUGCAAGCUGAUCAACACAUCAGUGGCCAACACAGUUGACGAGAGAGCCAUCAACAAGACCAAACUAAACGUAUUCAGGAUACAGGAGAACCAGACGCUUGCUCUAAACUCUGCCUCUUCCAUUGGGUGCAACAUCAUCAACAUUGGGCCCCAGGACAUCAUGGAGGGUCGUCCACAUCUCAUCCUGGGCCUCCUAUGGCAGGUCAUCAAGAUUGGACUGUUUGCCAAGAUCUCUCUGCAGAACUGCCCCAAUCUGGCCGUACUACUGCAAGAUGGUGAAGAUCUGUCAGACCUGCUCGCCCUUUCUCCUGAAGAGAUUCUCCUCCGUUGGUUUAACUACCAUCUGGAGCAAGCUGGCAGCUCUCGAAGAGUCCGAAACUUUGGCAAAGACAUCAACGACUCUGAGUGCUACACCAUUCUGCUCAACCAGAUUGCCCCCGAGGACAGCGGUGUGGACAUGUCUCCCAUGAAUGAAAGUGAUCCUGACAAGCGUGCAGAGCAGAUGUUGAACCAGGCCAACAAGAUUGGGUGCAGAAAGUUUGUCCGACCCAAGGACGUGGUCAAGGGCAAUCAACGUCUUAACCUCGCCUUUGUCGCUCACCUCUUUAACACCUUCCCCGCCCUCAAGGCUCCCGAGGAUGGUCUCCCGGACUUUGACCUCGGUGAUUACGGAGAGACUCGCGAGGAGAAAACAUUCCGUAACUGGAUGAACUCGAUGGGAGUGGACCCCUUCGUUCACAGCCUUUACAAAGACCUCAAUAAUGGCCUCGUCCUUCUGCAGCUGUUUGACAGGAUCAAGCCCGGUAUUGUGAACUGGGAUAAGGUGAACAACAAGGAAUCCUUGAAGAAGAUGGGUGGAAACAUGAAGAAGCUUGAGAACUGCAACUACGCUAUCGACAUUGCCCAUCAACUCAAGUUCUCUCUCGUGGGUGUGGGAGGCAAGGACAUCUUUGAUGGCAGCAAGCUCACCCUUGCUGUUGUAUGGCAGGCGAUGCGUGCGUACACACUCUCUGUGCUCCAGAAGUUGGCCAAAUCUGACAAGCCCAUCUCUGAUGCUGAGAUUGUUGCCUGGGUCAAUAGCACUCUUGAAGCAGCUGGAAAGACAUCUAGAAUUUCUGGAUUCAAGGACGCAGCCAUCACUACGAGCAUGCCUGUGUUUGACCUGGUGGACUCCAUCAAGCCUGGUGCAGUCACCUAUGACGAUAUUAAACAUGACACUGAUGAGGAGACUAUGCUGAGCAAUGCCAAGUAUGCCAUCUCCAUGUCUCGUAAGAUUGGUGCUCGUGUGUACGCCCUCCCCGAGGAUCUGGUCGAGCCCAACCCCAAGAUGUGUCUCACCGUCUUCGCCUGUCUCAUGGCCCGGGCCAAGCAAACCAAGUGAACACUGAACUUUAGGUUACUUUUAUAAUUAUAAUGUGUUUUGUGCUGAUGGUGUGAAUUGUAGACUCUAGCUUUGUACGUGUCAUAAUCAGUAGCCAUUUAGCAGUGUUAGGGAUAGUUUCUUUAAUUAUAAAAUGGACCUUCCGUUUGUAUCAUUCUACAUUAUUUUAGUUUAGAUUUACGUCA